AUGAAUCGUUUGCAACUCAAUCGUUUGAUUAUACCAUUGAGUCGAAUUAAACAGCAUGGCUAUAUUUCUGAUGCUAAUCAAUCGACGGCUCCAGUAAAAAAAGAACCGGAAAAACUUGAAGUAUCUGUAGAUGAAAAAACGCCUAAAGUAGGCUAUCUAACACCGUGUGAUUGGGAAGAUGCGUUAAGUGUUGUUGCGGAAAAGCUUGGUCGUUCAACUGGUUCAAAGAUGGCUGCACUUGCUGGCCGUUUUUGUGAUGCUGAAGGACUAAUCGCAUUAAAAUUGUUUCAACGUCAAGAUAGAACGUCAAUUUACACAGCCGUUGUGUCAUUAGCAAAUAAGUUACGUUUAUCUUAA